AUGCUGCCCUUUCACGACCCAUGCUGCCCUUUCACGACCCAUGCUGCCCUUUCUGCUUCUCCCUCUUCGCCCUCCCAUCUCUUCCCCCUCUUCCCUCGCUCCUUCGUUCUUCCAGCCCACUCGUCCCGUCUUCCCACUCUCUUCCCUCUUUCUCUCCCCACUGCUCCCAGCAUUCUCUCCCACUCUCCGCACCCGUCCCCCCCUUCCCCCCCCUCCUCCCCCUGUCCGCCGCCCAGCAACCGCAGCGGUGGAGAGGUGGUGGGGUGGAGUACAGGAGCGGGGAGGGUGCCUGACUGGCCUCAGAAUAGCCACGUGUUUGAAGUAGUUUUUUGUUUUGAGCCCUCUCAAAACCCCCCCUUAAAGCGGUGGAGAGGUGGUGGGGUGGAGUACAGGUGGGCGGGGGGGCGGGUGCCUGACUGGCCUCAUACUCCUCCUCGUCCUAUCUCCCGUCACGCUUCCCAGGUGACUUUUGAGUCGACUCAAAAGUUCAGUGGAGAGGCGGUGGGGUGGAGUACAGCGGGGCGUGGCGGGUGCCUGACUGGCCUCAUAAUCCCCCUCGUCUUAUCUCCUGCCACGCUCCCCCUCACCCCCUUCACCCUCUUCCCCCCCUUCCCCCCCUUCCCCCCCUGUCCCCCCCUUCCCCCAUUUCCCCCUGCCCACCUUCCCUCCACCCGUCCGUCUCUGAGCAGCAGCAGCGGGGGAGAGGCGGUGGGUGGAGUGCAGGAGCGGGGCGGACCCAACCAAGCUGCCAGGUGGGCCCAGCUGGCUAUGUGCCUUUUCACUUCACUCAGUAGUCGCCUCAGUGGGGUGCCUUGCUUCCUGACUGUCGCCUCAGCGGGGUGCCUGUCGAGUCGUUGGGCAGGGUGGCGUGAUGAGGGGAUGGUGUGUUUAUGUGGGGCGCGUGGGAUAUUGUGGGAGCAGGAGGAGGAGCGGCGCCGGUUCAGGGAGAAGAGUUUACAACAUGACAUGCAAAGACACGAGGGUGCAGAGGACCUAGAUGCAGAGGGAGCAGCGCGCAUGACCCACCGCCUCUCCCAAGCCAUGCUGCACCGCGUGCGCUCCGCCACCCCCCGCCCCCCGCCCCCGCCCUCCACACCCCCCCGUUCCCCCUCUGCCGCCCCCCACCCGUCCUCCACCCCCCCACAUGCCUCCGCGCAAGAAGCAAGAAGGGGAGGUGCAGGGGGGGGGGAGGGAAGUGAGACCGGUGGUGGUGUGGGUGUGGAUGCUGGAAAAGGGGCAAUUCUGCAUCAGCAGCAGCAGCAGCAGCAGCAGCAGCAGCAGCAGCAGCAGCAGCAGCAGCAGCAGCAGCAGCAGCAGCAGCAGCAGCAGCAGCAGCAGCAGCAGCAGCAGCAGCAGCAGCAGCAGCAGCAGCAGCAGCAGCAGCAGCAGCAGCAGCAGGCGCGUGGUGGCUUUGGAGGUGCAUCACAUCCAAUGGUGCAUCACAUCCAAUGGUGCAUCACAUCCAAUGGUGCAUCACCCAACGGCAGCAGUGCAUCGACAGCCUCCUCCUUCGCCUCCUCCUUCGCCUCCCCCCCCUUACAGCCCCCAUUGCUGUUGCGAUUCUUGUCGUGA